UGUGUUUAUUUCUAAGAAUGUGUCAGGUUCAUUUUAUUUGAGUGACUAUUAAGUCCUGUGUAACAUUAGUGUCAUAUGUGUUGCAGCCCAUGGCGUCCGCGUCGGAGUCGCUCCCGCUGUCACUGGUGUCGGAGCUGAGCUCGCGGCUGGGCGCGCGGCCCGCCCGCCUGCCGGAGGCGCGCCUGCCGCUGCCCUCGCCGCAGGAGCUGGACGCCAUCAAGAAGGUCGCGCAGAUCCUCGUCACACUCGGACAACAGGUGAUACCAGCUAUCAUAGGCGAGCCGACCGCCGCGCCAGGUGUCUGCGAGCCGCCGCCUGACGACGUGCCCAGCGAUCCCGUCAACCUCGACAAACAGACAUAGAUCUAACGGCAAUGUUCUACCUUCCGAGAAUUAUCAACAAAUAAGUAUAAUUACAAAACACUCCGAACCUCCUUACAUAGAGCGCUCGCCUCCGAGGAGAAUGGCCUAUCUUGGUAUAUCUCCGGCCGUGUCGGAUUGCAGUCCCGUCGGAUUAUGCGAGCCGGGUAUUACGGACUGCAACUGUGUGUGCACAGUGCACAGACACAUACAUACACAUACACGGAACAUCUCCUUUAGAUAGACAUGCUUGUUACACGUGUUUGGCUCAAAAUCAAUGUAAUUCCUGCUCUAUUCCAUCGGCAAAGGAGGUGAAAUAAGAACUCGCUUGUUUGUUUAUAUUCUGGGAACAAAACAUUUGUAUAGCGUUUACUUACAUACUUUAGUAAAACUGGGAUUUUAUUUAACUUGUAAAUAUUAACGGCUUCCGUAGCAUUCAGUUUUAGUUGGUCAGCAAUACAUGUAUUUACAAA